AUGGCGGCCGAGCCCGUUGCCAAUGGCUCUGGGGCCAACAACAAGAAGGUUGCUUACUUCUACGACUCUGAUGUGGGCAAUUACGCCUAUGUUUCUGGCCACCCGAUGAAGCCUCAUCGCAUUCGCAUGACCCACAGCUUGGUCAUGAACUACGGCCUGUACAAGAAGAUGGAGAUCUACCGUGCGAAGCCGGCUUCGAAGUACGAGAUGACCCAGUUCCACACCGACGAAUACAUCGAUUUCCUGUCGAAAGUGACUCCAGACAACAUGGAUCAGUUCUCAAAGGAACAAAGUCGUUACAACGUCGGUGACGACUGCCCGGUAUUCGACGGUCUCUUCGAAUUCUGCGGUAUCAGUGCUGGUGGUUCUAUGGAGGGCGCCGCCCGGUUGAACCGCGGGAAGUGCGAUGUUGCCGUCAACUGGGCUGGCGGCCUUCAUCACGCCAAGAAGAGUGAAGCCAGUGGUUUCUGCUAUGUCAAUGACAUCGUCCUCGGUAUCCUGGAGCUGCUGCGAUUCAAGCAGCGUGUUCUCUACGUCGACAUCGACGUUCACCAUGGUGACGGUGUCGAAGAAGCCUUCUAUACCACGGAUCGCGUCAUGACUGUCUCUUUCCACAAGUACGGCGAGUACUUCCCCGGCACUGGUGAACUUCGUGAUAUCGGUGUCGGCUCGGGCAAGUACUAUGCCGUCAACUUCCCCCUCCGCGACGGUAUCAACGAUGCCUCCUACAAGAGCAUCUUCGAGCCCGUGAUCAAGAGCGUCAUGGAGUGGUACCGUCCGGAGGCGGUUGUCCUCCAGUGUGGUGGUGACAGUCUGUCGGGCGACCGUCUUGGUUGCUUCAACCUCAGUAUGCGUGGGCAUGCCAACUGCGUCAACUUCAUCAAGAGUUUCGACUUGCCGACUCUGAUUCUCGGAGGUGGUGGUUACACCAUGCGCAACGUCGCACGCACUUGGGCCUACGAAACUGGUAUCCUGGUUGGAGAUAACCUUGACUCCGAGUUGCCCUACAAUGACUACUAUGAGUACUUCGCCCCCGAUUACGAGCUUGAUGUCCGUCCCUCGAACAUGGAUAAUGCCAACACCAAGGAUUAUCUGGACAAGAUUCGCAAUCAGGUUGUGGAGAAUCUCAAGCGCACAGCUUUCGCCCCGUCUGUUCAGAUGACGGAUGUCCCUCGCAACCCGAUCCUUGAUGGUAUGGAUGACGAGGCUGACGAUGUCCUCGACGAUCUGGACGAAGACGAGAACAAGGACAAGCGAUUCACCCAGCGCCGGUUCGACCAGUAUGUGGAGAAGCCCGGGGAACUCAGCGACAGCGAGGAUGAGGAGGAGAAUGCCGCCAACGGUGUUCGCCGUCAGCCCGGUGCUAUUCGCCGCCGAAACCAAGCCAACUACAGGAACAUUGACGCCGCCGACUCUGGCCUCGACAGCGGCAUGGCUACUCCGUUGGACGCAUCCUCAAUCGCCGACAACGAGAUUGAUGCCGCUCUAGACACAAAGAUGACGGACGUUCCAAUGACCGAGUCUGGCGCCGUUACCGCUGCCGAAGGCCAGGAUACUCCCAUGGCAGACUCUGAACGGAUGGCUGUCGAAGGCGAUGAUAAGGGCACCUCGGCUGCCGUGUCUCAGCAACCCUCCCCUCCCACGCACGAUGAAGACACCACCAUGGAGGAUGUCAGUGCAGUUGCCGAAGAGACUGAGCUUCCAGAAUCUCUCGAUACACAGGAGGAAAAGAAGCCCGAGGUGACAUCUGCCGCUGAGGAGACAACCAACGCACCCCCGUCACCCUCAGGGGCACAGCCGGUGUCGAAGGAGUCUUCCGUCCCCGCCGCCGAUACUUCUGCGCCAGAGUCUGCGCCCGUCGGCGAAUCCGAGACGGCGAAGCCAGCCUCGGAAGUGGCUACUGAUGAGCCGACCAAGAAGGAGGAGUAA